CAGCUCUAGCCUGACCCACUGCCACCACCCGGCCCGGCCCCGCCAUGGACAAUGAGCAGCUGCCAGCUCCAGCUCCCGCCAGCAGCGCCAGCGGCACGGCCCCGGCGCCCGCCAGCACCGCGGCCACGCGCCCGCCCGGGCCCCAGAUCUCCGUCUACAGCGGCAUCCCCGACCGCCAGACCGUGCAGGUGAUCCAGCAGGCGCUGCACCGGCAGCCCAACACGGCGGCGCAGUACCUGCAGCAGAUGUACGCGGCGCAGCAGCAGCACCUCAUGCUGCAGACGGCCGCGCUCCAGCAGCAGCACCUCACCAGCGCCCAGCUCCAGAGCCUGGCCGCUGUGCAGCAGGCAAGCCUGGCGGCGAACCGGCAGAGCAGCUCCUCGGGGGGCAAUGGCACCCAGCCAGCCGCGGCACAGCAGCCCACGAUCAACCUGGCGACGUCGCCGGCGGCGGCACAGCUGCUGAACCGGGCGCAGAGCGUGGGGCCCGGGGCGUCGGGCAUCGCCCAGCAGGCCGUGCUGCUGGGCAACACUGCCUCACCCGCCCUCACCGCCAGCCAGGCCCAGAUGUACCUGCGGGCACAGAUGCUCAUCUUCACACCCACGGGCCCCGUCAGCGCUGUCCGGCCCGAGAGCCCCGCGCCGGCCCCUCCGCCGGCCCCGCCACCCGCCCCACCACCCACCACCCCGGGGUGCCCCUCCCCGGGCUGGCCCCCCCCGGGGGCCCCCACCCGAGCCCCCCGCCGAGCACCUCAAAAAGGCCGAGGGGCACGAGGGCCGCGCCCAUGCCCUGGCCCGCAGCGCCGCCCCCGCUGCCACCCACCCGCUCGUCACCCCAGCCUAUGCCCCGCUGCAGCCCCCCCAGUUCCUGCAGCAGCCGCCGAAGCCGAUGCAGCCGCAGCCGCAGCAGCAGUUCGUCAUCCAGCAGCAGCAGCAGCAGCUGGGCCCCCGUGGGCAGCCUCCCUCGGGGCCCCCCACAGCCCCCCAGCUCCAGCCCCUGCCCCCUGCCAGCCCCGGCCCGGGCCCCCAGCCCAAAACAGGGCUCCCCCAGGGAGCGGGGGGCGAGGGCGGCCCCCCCAACGGGCACCCUGGCUGCCACGCUGCCCCCCGCAAGUUCCAGCACGCCUCGGCUGUCAUCCUGCAGCUGCAGCCCGCCGGCCCCACGCCGUCCCUCGGGGUCCCCGAGGGCGCCCGCCGGGACUGCCCGGGGGUGCCGGGGCCCCGCGGCCGCUCUCGCCGCCCCCCGGGGCCGCCGGGGCGGCGCUGGGAGCGGCGGCAGCUGCUCCCGUUCCAGCUGUAUGGAAAUCGCGGCCCCGCGUCAGCGCGGCGUCAGCGCCCGCCCCUCACCGCGUGUGCCCGCUGUCCCCAGAGCCCCCCGAGCGCCUCCAUGCGCAGCCCCGCAUUCCCGGGAUGACCUCGGGCUCCGGCAGCGCUGCCGCCACCGUCGCCGGCGCCGCCCCCCACAAUGGUGAGAACAAACCGCCCCAGGCCAUCGUGAAACCCCAGAUCCUCACGCACGUCAUCGAGGGCUUCGUCAUCCAGGAGGGCGCCGAGCCCUUCCCGGUGGGCCGCUCCUCGCUGCUGGUGGGGGCCCUGCACAAGCAGUAUGCACAGGAGCUGCUGCCGGACAAACUGCCAGCGCAGGACAACACCACCACCACCGACUCGGACAUGGAGGAGCCCUACCUGCAAGAAUCCAAAGAGGAGGGGAACCCUCCCAAGUUGAAGUGUGAGCUCUGCGGCCGCGUUGACUUCGCCUACAAGUUCAAGCGCUCCAAGCGCUUCUGCUCCAUGGCCUGUGCCAAGAGGUACAACGUGGGCUGCACGAAGAGGGUGGGGCUGUUCCACCCAGACCGCAGCAAACUGCAGAAGCCAGGAGGGCCCCCCCACGGGCGGCGCCGCAGCUGCAAAGGGACCCUGCCCCCCCUGAGCAAGGACAGCAAGAAACAGCCCCCGGGGUCCGUCCCAGCGGGGUCGGUGACGGCGUCGUUGCAGCUCAACCACAGCCAGGAGGAUUCCAGCCGCUGCUCUGACAACUCCAGCUACGAGGAGCCGCUGUCGCCCAUCUCGGCCAGCUCCUCCACGUCCCGGCGCCGGCAGGGGGAGCGGGAGCUGGAGCUGCGGGACAUGGAGCUGCCCGACGUGCACGGCCGCGACCUGCCCGGCCUCGGCCACCGCUUCCUGCCCAGCGAGCCCAGCAAGUGGAACGUGGAGGACGUUUACGAGUUCAUCCGCUCGCUGCCGGGCUGCCAGGAGAUCGCGGAGGAGUUCCGGGCUCAGGAGAUCGACGGGCAGGCGCUGCUGCUGCUCAAGGAGGAUCAUCUCAUGAGCACCAUGAACAUCAAGCUGGGCCCCGCGCUCAAGAUCUACGCCCGCAUCAACAUGCUCAAGGACUCCUGAGGGGGGGGCCACGGGACCCCGCUCCCCCCCUGUGGGACCCCUGACCCUCCCGGGAGCCCCGCAGGACCCCCGACCCCCCAGCGUGGCCCCGGGGAGGGGGCGAGGGGGGGAGACACUUGUGAGCACACCCAGCCCCCCCUGCCCCCCCGGGGGGUGUAAAUAGCCCGUAGCUCUAGAGCCCCCCCCCCCAGUUUUGGGGGGUCACCCCCCCUUCUGCAGCAGGGAGGGGGGUCCCCACGCGUUCCCCGUGUCCCCCCCAGGUCAGCAGAGCCAAGCAGGACGGUUGCCUUAACGUGUGCUCCCUCCCCCAGCUGGGAUUGGGGCCCCAGGGAGGCUUGGACUGCCCCCCCCGGGGUCAGGGAGAGGCGGGGGGCGCGGAGGAGGCGUCACCCCCCAGUCACACACACCCCCACACUCUGGGCUGCUUUUGGGGGCACCUUAGCAGAGGACAGUGGUGGGGGUCCCCCCCAGGCAGGUAAGGACCCCCCCACUCCCCCCUCAGCCAGCACGAUCUUUUUAAGAAAAGAAAAGGAAAAAAAAAUUG